AUGGUCACGUCAAAGAAAGUUAUACCUAGGGCUGAUUGGGAGAAGAAGCUUGAUGAUGUUAAAGUUAGAAAGGAAGAUAUGAACAAACUGGUUAUGAAUUUUCUGGUUACAGAGGGUUAUAUGGAGGCUGCUGAAAAAUUUCGACUCGAAUCUGGGACGGAGCCAUAUAUAGAUCUUGCCACAAUCACUGAUCGCAUUGCCGUCAAGAAAGCAGUACAGAGUGGUAAUGUGGAGGAUGCUAUUGUGAAAGUUAAUGAUUUAAACCCUGAGAUAUUGGACACGAACCCUCAACUCUAUUUCCAUCUCCAACAGCAGCGUCUAAUAGAAUUGAUCCGAAAUGGGAAGGUAGAAGAAGCCCUCGAGUUUGCUCAAGAGGAACUUGCUCCAAGGGGAGAGGAAAAUCAAGGCUUUCUAGAAGAGUUGGAAAGGACUAUUGCGUUGCUUGCUUUUGAAGACAUGGCCAAUUGCCCUGUUGCCGAGCUCCUUGAUAUAUCUCAACGCCUUAAGACUGCUAGAGAGGUGAAUGCAGCCAUACUCAUCAGUCAAAGCCAUGAAAAAGAUUCAAAGCUUCUAAGCUUGUUGAAAAUGUUGAUAUGGGUGCAAAACCAGCUGGAUGAGAAAGUCACUUAUCCUCGAAUCCAAUUUACGACUGCAGCCCUUGAGGAUCCUGCUGCUUGA